GUUUUCUCUCGGUUAUUGCUUGUUUGAUUUCAGUCGUCGCUGCCGCCGAAGCAGCGGAGGCCUGUGAUCUUUGUGGAAGGAGAAUCUUCGUCUUCCAUGGAAGAUGAAAGCAGAAGCAGCAGCUGCUGCAAUAGUAAAACUGACGCCUCCGAAUUCGAAGAGAAGAAGCGAUGGAGAUCGGAAGACGCAAUAGCCGGAAAUCGAGCGGCACUUGAGUCUCUGAGGGAGCUCAUUGUAUUUCCCCUGCUCUACUCUCGUGAAGCUCGAAAGCUCGGCCAUAAGUGGCCAGCAGGGUUGCUUUUGUACGGUCCUCCUGGAACUGGAAAGACGAGCAUUGUUCGUGCAGUGGUUCAGGAAUCUGGUGCCCAUCUAGUUGUUAUUAGCCCACAUUCUGUCCACCGAGCACAUGCCGGGGAAAGUGAAAGAAUUUUGAGAGAGGCUUUUGGAGAUGCAUCGUCACAUUUGGAAGCAGGCAAGCCUUCAGUCGUGUUUAUAGACGAAAUGGACGCACUCUGCCCUCGUCGUGAUUCUAGGCGAGAGCAAGAUGUUCGUUUAGUCUCUCAACUUUGCGCACUAAUGGAUGCAAUCAAGCCCUCUUCCGCAUCUUCAGUGCAUGUGGCCGUGGUUGCAUCAACUAACAGGUUACUUGCUUGCUUGUUGAAUGUUGAUAUUUACUAUCAAAUAAAUUGAUGUAAAAUAAAGCAACCCGAGUUCUGUAUUUCACUGUUGAAAUCUGAGUCCAAUAUGUUGUUUGCUUUUGCUAAGAGUUGAUGCAGUGGAUCCUGCACUCAGAAGAUAUGGGCGUUUUGAUAAUGAAGUAGAAGUUAUGGCACCUACAGAAGAGGAACGCUUAGAAAUCCUCCAGCUAUACACAAAGAAGUUGGUGGUGGAUAAGGACGUUGAUUUGCAAGCUGUUGCUGCUUCUUGUAGUGGAUACGUUGGGGCUGACCUGGAAGCAUUGUGCCGUGAAGCUGCCAUAUCUGCUAUUAAGUCGGCAAAUGCCAGUGGUGCUGGGGUUCUUUGCUUAACCUCAGAGGACUGGAAGCUUGCUAUGUCCAUUGUUGGUCCUAGCUUAACAAGAGGUGUUGCAGUUGAAAUCCCAAAAGUGUCAUGGGAAGAUAUUGGUGGACUAAAGGAUUUGAAGAAAAAACUCCAACAAGCUGUUGAGUGGCCGAUUAAACACCGGUCUGCAUUUUCAAGAAUGGGAAUUUCACCCAUACGUGGGGUUCUUUUGCACGGACCUCCUGGAUGCUCCAAAACUACUCUUGCUAAAGCUGCAGCUAAUGCUGCUCAAGCUUCUUUUUUCUCCUUGAGUGGUGCAGAUUUAUUUUCCAUGUAUGUUGGAGAGGGCGAAGCAUUGUUGCGCAGUACAUUCCAAAGAGCUCGUGUGGCAGCUCCGAGCAUAAUAUUCUUUGAUGAGGCUGAUGUUGUGGCUGGUAAACGAGGUGACAGUUCAAGUAACUCGUCCACUGUAGGGGAGAGGCUUUUAUCUACUCUACUGACUGAAAUGGACGGUCUGCAGCAAGCAGAAGGCAUCCUUGUAUUGGCGGCCACCAAUCGUCCGCAUGCCAUAGAUGCUGCACUGAUGCGCCCCGGACGCUUUGAUUUGGUGUUGUAUGUGCCGCCACCUGAUAAGGAGGCUCGACUCGAGAUCCUCCAUGUUCACACACGAAACAUGAGCAUCGAUGACGAUGUCGACCUCAGAACAAUAGCAGAGAAAACCGAGCUCUUCACAAGUGCCAAACUGGAAGGCCUAUGUCGAGAAGCUGGGAUCGUAGCUCUGCGGGGAAGUAUAUCCACUGCUGUUGUCUGCAACCAUCAUUUUCAGACGGCGCUGAGUUCCUUAAAACCAGCUCUGACAAGAGCUGAUAUAGAGGAGUAUUCAUCGUUCAUGAAGAUGCAGCAGAGCAUGUCAUCACCUCUGGGCGGGACUGGAUCAGCUGCGGCUGUUGUUGACAACAGCAUUGGGAAAAUGAAGGGACCUUUCAGUUCUCUUACAAAUUUGACUAAAGUUGGUGUACUGAGUGUUUUGGUUUUAGUUGCUGCUAGAUAUUUGAAGUUUCAUAUGAAGAUAGCCGGGGUGGAGGUAUCUGCCACAUGAACACUAUCUUCUUAUUUAUCUUUAACCUCUUUUAUUCGGUGGAAAAGAAAACAAGUGUAUUUCUUUUCCUUAUCAUUAAGAAGAGAUGUCAAGAAAGAAGCAAAACAAGGUUGGGAUAGCCACUUUCAACCCAACUUUUUUUCCUAAUCACUUCAUUGAUUCUCCUUGCUUCUUCUCCUUACUUUGUUUUAUGUUUCAUGGACUGUACUCAUACACUGGUCUUCCAUCUAAUGGCUGAGUCGGUCUUGC